AUGUUUCCACCGACCCCACUCUCUUUGCUCUGCGCACUCCUCCUCUGCCUCCCCCUCGCCGCCAUCUUCACCUUCACCACCCCUUCCACCAUCUCCGCCGUCACUUCCGCCGCCCCGCCACUCCCCAACCCAUCUUCUCCGACGAAUGCAACUUUAAUUAUUAAAACACUAUCAGCAGAGCCUCAAUCGAUCAAGAACCGCACCGCCCCCGCCGAUGAAAAGGACGACGAGGAUGACGUGUCACUCCUCAGUCUCGCUUCCCGGGCCGACCCGAGCCCGAAGCCCGCAAAGAAGCUCGCCUUCAUGUUCCUGGCCACAUCAUCACUCCCACUCGCGCCACUUUGGGAGCUGUACUUCGCACGCGCCCCCAGGAGCCUGUACAACAUCUAUGUCCACACUGACCCGCGCGUCAACCUCACGGAUACACUCUCCGGCGUUUUCGCCGGCCGGGAGGUCCCGUCCAAGCCCACCCGCCGCCACAGCCCCACCCUCAUCUCGGCGGCGCGCAGGCUGCUCGCCCACGCGCUCCUCCACGACCCGUCCAACUCAGUGUUCGUCCUCCUCUCUCCAUCGUGCAUCCCCCUGCGAUCCUUCCGUUUCACGUGCCGCGUUCUGAUGAGAUCCCGGCGGAGCUUCAUCGAGAUACUGAGGGACGAGCCCGGGGCGCGGGAGCGGUGGGCGGCGCGUGGGGAGGAGGCGAUGCUCCCGGAGGUGGCAUUCGCGGAUUUCCGGAUCGGGUCGCAGUUCUGGGCGCUGCGUCGGAGACACGCGCGGGCGGUCGUGCGGGACACGCGGCUGUGGUCGAAAUUCAGGCUGCCAUGUCGGGAGGACGCCACGUGUUAUCCGGAGGAGCACUACUUCCCGACGCUGCUGAACAUGGUGGACCCGUCGGGGUGCGUGCCCUGCACGCUCACCCACGUGGACUGGAAUGGAGGUCACGGGGGGCACCCGAGGACGUACGGGGCCGAUGAAGUGGGCCGGGAGCUGUUAAUGGGCCUUAGGAAGAGUAGGCCUAGAUACGGGGAUGAGGAACGGGGCGGGCUGAACGCGACCGUGGGUUUGAGGAAAAGGGCCGACCCGUUUCUUUUUGCUAGAAAAUUCUCCCCGGGCUCUUUGCACCGCUUGAUGGGCAUAGCCAAUGGCCUGCUCUUCAAAGAACCAAAAUUGAGUACUUCAUCAAAACACCCUCUCCAAAAAACCACGCUUUCUCUUAUUACCCCUCUCUUCCUCCUCUGUUCUCUCCUCCUCUGUCUACUACACCUAUCCGCCUUUCUCAUCUCCACCUCCACACUCACAAAACCCAUAACCCCAAACCAAUGGGUCUACGAGGACGAUGACGAUGACGUGGCGCUGAUGAAGCUCGCCUCCCGGGUCGACCCGAACCCGAAACCCGUCAAGAAAAUCGCCUUCAUGUUCCUCACAACCUCCUCCCUCCCCCUCGCGCCCCUAUGGGAGAUGUUCUUCGCCGGCGCCCCCGCCAACUCGUACAACGUUUACAUCCACGCUGACCCGGAAGCCCACUACACGCCGCCCUUCUCCGGCGUUUUCGCCGGCCGGGUCAUCCCCUCCAAGCCCACGCGCCGCCAAACCCCCAGCCUCGCCGCCGCGGCGCGGCGGAUCCUCUCCCACGCGCUCGUCGACGACGGGGCCAACGCCGUGUUCGCCCUCCUCUCCCCUUCCUGCGCCCCACUGCACUCCUUCAGAUUCACGCGCCGGUUUCUUCUUAAAUCGGGCCGGAGCUUUGUGGAGAUACUGGGCCCCGACGAGCCCAGCGCGUACUGGAGGUGGGUGGUGCGUGGGGAGGACGCGAUGCUCCCGGAGGUGGAUCUGGAGGAUUUCCGGUUCGGGUCGCAGUUCUGGGUAGUGAACCGGAAUCACGCGCGGGUUAUGGCGAGCGACGCGUGGCUGUGGUCGAAGUUCCGGCAGCCGUGCGUGGUGGACUACGCGUGCUUCCCGGAGGAACAAUAUUUCCCUACGCUGCUGAGCAUUGUGGACCCGUUGGGGUGCGUGCCCUGCACGCUCACCCACGUGGACUGGAGCAAUGAAGAUUAUGAGGGCCACCCGCGGAUGUACAACGCCAGCGAGGUGGGCCGGGAGCUGAUAUUGGGCCUCAGAGGGAUGAGGCCCAGAUAUGGGGAUGAGGUGUCGGAGGGGCCCGAGUCUUCUGCGGGCAUCUCGGCCGUUGAAGGCAAUAGAGAAUCUGACGGCUCAAACUCGUCCGAGCACAUGAGGAGGAGGAGGUCCGACCCGUUUUUGUUCGCUAGAAAAUUCUCGCCGGAGUCACUGGACCGCUUGAUGAGUAUAGCUAAUGACGUUAUCUUCAAAGAUUGA